GGAACGCACGUAACCGCGAAUGGCCUAGACCACUUCGCGGGGCCUUGAAUCGUUAUGGCGAUGUUCUUACGUGUACGUCACGACGGUCGGAUGUAUGUGGAAGGAUACAAAAAGGUUUCCUUCGUAUCCUUUGUCCGUCUCAUAAAAUUAAGUCAACGUAUACGCCCAGGACAUACGGAAUUAAACCCUCAAUGCCACGCGUAUUCGCGUUAUACCCGUGCAACCGUACAGGUGUCUCGCUUAAGAACGUGUACUUGUUCCCCGCGUGACGGCACUUUGACAAUGCUAAUCUCAUUGGCAGAUAAUACGUGCACCGGUCUCACGUACCGACCGCAAUUCUGGGUUCAAGUACACACGAAUAUGGCCACCAUACGAUUACAACGUGCAACCGUGCGUUCCUUGUGACUCUUUUUGUCGCUUUCGGAUGAAUCUUAAUCGACUCGAUCACUUCAAAAGAAUACAUGUUGAGUGGACAAAAAAGGAGGAGAAUAGAUGACGAUACUUGCACAAUUCUUCGUACUCUAAUGCUAAUUUAAGUGGCACGGAACUCGACGGAGUCGGCGCAAAAUUGCAGGAAAUGCAUUGAAUGCCGGUAUUCUCGAUCAUUGUUAUUCAUACGUAUGCUUACGGCGGGUUCUCCUAUUUCCUUUUCCCGAGACAAGUAACUGUUCAAUCCUUGAUCCUUUAAAUAAAACCUUUUCUAUUUCAUUGACGUCACUCACCGCCGUCGGUUGCCAUAUAUCAGAGCUAUUUUUAACGAGCUGUUUAGAAAUAUCAGUUAUUUGUUUCCAAGUUAUGAUGAUUGGCAGAUGUAGUAGUGCAAUAUUGAAUAUUAAAUCGAUAGUACAUACAGUCAGAGAAAACCGACUAAAAAGAAUUAAAUGAAAAAUGUUAUUGUAUUCGGGAUACUUUGUAAUA